CGGAAAUCAAGAUUCUUGCCAACAGUGAGCCGUGAGAGGAGAAACUGCAUGCACUGGUCUGUGAACUACUUGUCUUGAGGGUAAAUCACAACGGUAAGGAACAGCGCCCCUUGCCCGCUAGAGCUAGGCUCCAGUGUAGACACCGAGGACGAGACGGCAGUCUGGUGUAGGGCAGGCCGCCGACUUGCGAGCCGAAAACAAGCAAGAUGAUCAAAGCUGUGCUUGUCUUCAACAACCAUGGAAAGGCCAGGUUGAUGAAGUUUUUCCACUACUUUACCGAGGACCAGCAGCAACAGGCCGUUCGUGAAGUCUUUCAGAUCAUCAGUAAGCGUGCGGACAGUGAGUGCAACUUCGUCGAGGGUAUCUCCACGGAGUUGCUAGGUGGUAUGGACUAUUCGCUGGUGUAUCGCCACUACGCGACGCUGUAUUUCGUCUUCUGCUGCGAUUCCAGCGAGAGCGAGCUGGGAAUCCUUGACCUGAUUCAGGUAUUGGUCGAAUCGCUGGACAAGUGCUUCGAGAAUGUCUGCGAGCUGGAUCUGAUCUUCCACGUGGACAAAGUACAUUACUUAGUCAAUGAGAUCGUGAUGGGUGGGAUGGUGUUGGAGACGAACAUGGCUGAAAUCAUCCCGCACGCGCAGCACCAGCUGAAGAUCGAGAAGGAAGACAAGGGAACAGCGCAGGUGGUGGUGGCUGGUGUCGCGUCAGCGCCAACCAGAGCUGUUGCAGCUGUCAACCAAGUCAAGCUGGCUGUACAGCAAGGUUUGAAGUGAAUAACAGUUCUACUUGGGUUUAGUGCAACUAGUCUACAGUGCUAAAUGUGCUGUCUACUCUUACUGCAGUAGUAACUGGUAAUGAUAUAGUGAUACGUAAAGCUAGGAGUCAGUUAGUUAUCAGCAAUUGCCAAGACACUGCCUCCUUCCCCCUCCCCCCCCCCCCCACCUCCCAUCUAAGUGUGAAAUGAAUGAAGAUGGCCCACAACCAAGAGUAAUUAUUUUGCCAAAUCCAGUGUGCCUGUGCUAUCAUCAGGGUAUGUGGUGAACCACUCGGUCCUGAAUGGACAAUUUCUUUGAAGGUCGCGUUAUUCAUUCACCGCCGCACGUCCAGUGGAGUUUCAUCAUGUGUGUGUGUGUGUGUGUGUGUGUGUGUGUGUGUGUGUGUGUGUGUGUGUGUGUGUGUGUGUGUGUGUGUGUGUGUAUUGGACUUAAUAGCAGGCGGUAGCACUGAAUGAGUAUAAGUAAAAGAGAUUCACAUUCCCAGUACUUCUUUGCAUUCAAUGUGUUAUGUAGCUAUUGUCACCCGUAUCCGUGAAUAGCUAAGUUGUGAUGCUGGCAUCACAUACACAAUACAUCAUUCUAGUAGCAUCCUGUAAGAAUCCCAUAAAGACAUGCUUUACCAAACCCUG